AGUGAAAAGUGAAGAAGAAAAAAACAUUGUGCUUUACUGAUCAGGUAAUUUAGUUUUGUUUUAUAGUUCUAGGUAAAGCUGAUUGUGACCUUCACAAUGCAUUUAUUCUGGCUUUAAAACGGGAGUACGAAUUGACUAGCACGCUAGUCGUGUGUGCGUUUUAUACCUUCGAUUUUGCAAUAAACUGCUGUGAUUGAUUAACACAUCGCUAUCACGCUGUACUAAAGGUAUCAGAGUUGAGCGUUGAUUAAAAGACCAGCACUGUUUGAGUGCGUAUCAGAUUUGCAAUGGAAAAGGGUUUUUCAAAGGACACCCAUGAAGAAGGGUAUGAAAGCCCUGAUUCUAGGGUUAACUCUAGGCUGAAGUGUGAAGCUAUUUCAGAACAUCUGAAUGACAAAGAAAGCAUAUCCAGUGCCCUCGAUUCAACUGGCUCUAAAUCAUUGGGUAAGGAUAAUGAUAAUGGAGUAGAGGCUGAUAGUAAUGAAAUUGAUCAAGUGAAGGGUAAUAAGGAAGCAAAAGAGAGUAAAAAUGUUCAAGCACAGGAAGAAGGAAAAGGGGAUUCUUCAGAGUUCAAGACAGAGAGAAAAAAUAUUAAAGGACAGGAAGAAGGAAAAGGGGAUUCUCCACAGUUCAAAGGUAUUGUUUCCCAAAGGAAUGGGCACUGGGGAGCUCAGCUAUACUGUGAGCGUGCUAGAAUAUGGCUGGGUACUUUCAAGACUAAAGAAAAAGCUGCCAAGGCUUAUGAUAGAGCUUAUAUGAAGUUCCGAGGGCAAGAUGAUCAACCAAAUUUCCCCUGCACACCACUUUCAGAAGCUGAGAAACUGUUUCAGGAUUCUCUCACUCCUGAUGAAGUUGCCCUUUUUAUCAGGGAUCAUAUUUAUGAUAGAGAAUUGCAAAAGUGGUGCAAUGCUCAUCACAGAUCUAAUCAAGAGGUUUCUGGUAAUCAGGAUGCAGAGGAGAUGGGUAAGAAUAGGCAGCAUCUAUUUGAAAAGAAGAUGACAGAUAGUGAUGUGAGUAAACUAAACAGGCUGGUGAUCCCAAAACAACAUGCUGAACGCCAUUUUCCCAAGGAUAAGUUAGAUGUUGAAUCAGAAACUUUUCUUACAUUUGUGGAUACAAGUAACAGUAGACAAUGGCAAUUUAGAUUUUCAUUUUGGAAAAGCAGCCAGAGUUAUGUGCUUACAAGAGGAUGGAGAAGGUUUGUCAAAAGUAAGGAUUUGAAAGGAGGAGAUAUUGUUUCCUUUUCCAGGGAUAGUAAGAUGCCAAGCAAUGAAUUUUACAUUACAGUCCAUGUCUCUCAGAAUUUGAUGAGCAAGAAUUGUGUGCAAGAUCAAUCUGGUUCUGAUGAGUUACUUCAAGAAAAGGGAAUCAGUGCCAUAUCUAGUUCACUAACCUCAGUAAGUGUGCCAAAAGUGAAAAUUUGUAAGCCCAAAGAGUCAGUGAAAGUGAAAUCUGAGGAAAAAAUCAGAGUGGGUCCGAACACAGAUCACAUACAUUAUUCAUCCCAUCAGAAAACUAACAAUCGUUUCCAUGGAUCUGCAAAGCUUGGAAAAAGAAAAGCUAUGGAGGAUGAAAGUGGAAAUAAUUCAGAUGAUGUUAUAAAGCUAUUUGGGAUUGAAAUCGGUCGACAAGCCAAAAAAGCUGAAAGAUGAUGGAGUUGAAAUUGGUACAAAACCAAAUAAAACAUUUGCCAGGUUCAGAUUUAUCCAAAAGAAAUCAAACAGAAAGAUGGUGAAGUCGAAAUGGAGUCCAAAGAAACCAAAGGACAGAUGUAAAUUGAAUUUGAUAGAUUUCUGUUACAUAGAAACUGUUGAUUAGCUAUAAAAUUAAAACUAUAUCCUUCUCUCAUAGUGUAGGUGAAAUAGAUUGCUAUUGACUUGGCAAACAUGUUCGUUAAUUUUCAUAUAUGAAUUGAAUUCAAUAUU